AUGGCUAACGUCGGCUUGUUUACAGUCCAGGUGAGUGGGUUUGGCUUUGGUCAGAGACUCGAUGUGUUUGUCCUCACAGCAGCCACCAUGCAGAGAACACGUGUGCAAGUUGCUGUCAUUCUCGGAUUUCUAGUGCCUCACAUUUGCAGCCUUGCCAGCAGCACUUCCCAAUCAGAUUGUGCUACAUGCAUUUCACUUUUAUGCAAAAAGCAAAAGUUUCUCUUUAAGAGCAUCUGUGAAGGUUGUCACACGACAGGCUCAGAAGUGUGUAACAUGACAAUCCGGGGUGCAUUACUCAGAUUUGAUGGGUCGCAAGACUGUGUGUGUGCCUGGGAUGAAGGCGGGACCGUACGAGAGGUGUUGGCACAAUGCGAGCUGAAGCCAGCUCCACACAAGACAAGUACACUGACUGACGGGCAAUCAAAUAGUUUUAUAGAUAUUGAGGAUGCUGCCGAAUCAUGCACAGAACAAGUGAGACUAUGUGUGAGUGAUUCUGUUUGUAACAAGCGUUUGGCACCUGUCCUUCAGACUUGCAUGAAGGCCCGGUGUGGCCAUGACAAAUGCGGUCAAGAAACUCAACAGUUCUACAGUAUCGUGGAACACAACUUAGCUAUGAGGCUGGCCAUGUGUGACUGUGAUCCUUCAGAUGUAAGCUGCGUACAAAUGAAAGCGGCUAUACAUGGCAGCGCAUGUGAAGAUGACCCUUGGGUCUGUCAGGAGGCUGUGAGACGCUGUGUGGAGGAUCAUCAUUGCAGAGAAUUGUUAGCAAGUUUUCAAGGCAAGUGCUGGAGCUCCAAGGUGUCAAAAUGCACGGACGUAGCUCUUCAAAGUGAAUGUUUCCGCCUCAUGAAUCCAGCUCUCAUCCUCGGAGGAGAGUUGGAAUGCAGAAAGGCAUUCGUGGCCACUCUGGGCACUGCACUGCACCAUCCGUGCUCAUGUCAACAAGUGCACGGUGCUGAUCUCUACGUGUGCAACAUGAUUCAUGAUGUGCUUCACAACAGAUCACACUUCAAGACCCAAUGGAUGAGGGAUAAUGGUCCUUCUAAUCCUCCCCCAGUCAGUGAAUCAGAUGAAGGACAGAGCAGGCUAUCUGAUUAUCUGAUCUAUAGCUGCGCGGCUGCACUGCUGGUGGGAAUUCUGUUAAUGGCACUUUUGUGUAAAAUACGGGUGGGGAGAAGAGCCAAGAAGCAAGACAAAACCAGAUUCCAACCUCUUCCAAAAAGUCAUUGCAUUGUUACUACGCAAGAUUUUCCGUAA